CGGGUGGGAGCUUCUUCGAUUAAACUCGCUGGGAAAGCAGGAGUAAAAACUCUACUGGUCGAUAACUUUAAUAUUCCAAGGAGAUUCAAACAUCAUGGACAUGGCCACUACAUCUGCAGACUACAGCAGUAGAGCUAAAGAACACCUGGCUUUUUCAUUCCUGACUGAGGAGGUAACAUCACGAUACGCCAUAGGAGCUCUACUGGGACGCGGAGGUUUCGGUGCUGUUUUUGCAGGAGUUCGGAAAGCAGAUGCCAGAGAGGUUGCUGUUAAAUUUUUCAAAAAGGAUUCAUACUUUGGCAUGAUGACCAUGGUAAGUAAAUUUAUUUUAUGUCUGAGGAUCAGUGAAGUAAUAGAGUACAAAUAACAAACAUCCUUUAGAUUAAUA